AUGUCGAAAUCCAGCACGAUCCUACACCAGAAGUGGCAGUGGGCAGUGCUUAAUGAUCACACAGCAAUCGUCGACCUCAUGGUUGCCUGGUACAGAACACACUUGAACACGCCCAUCAAGCUCAAGCACAGAACGGUCUCUAUAUGGUGCAUGGAGAUGAGAUGUUCUGAAAAUGUCAUGGUCUCAUUCUCUAUCUCCCAUCCCUCACAUGUCUCCGAGCCCGCGUUUCCGAUGGCUCUUAUGAAGACCAGCAGAUCUGUGAUUGAACAGCUUUUCGCAAAGUCAUAUGUGAACGGUGAUAACAUCGAGCCUCGUGAAGACCCACAUCUUCGCGAAAACCCCCUCGGAAAACUCUUGAACUUUUUGGUUAAAUAUUGUGAUGUACAACUUGCUGUGAAGGUCAUGGGGGUCCACUUCCCUCACGACUUCCCAAUUUUCCGGGAAGUAAAUCUCGACACCACGUGGACUGUGGAAGUGGAAUCUGGGUUGGACAUUCUGAGAGCCCUCUUGAGGAUUCCAGAAGUCGACCUCGGAAGCACAGACGAGGACGGUUACACGGCUCUGGCCCUGACUGUCAAGAGAGGCCACACUGAGAUGGUUGAGCUCCUUUUCAGGGCCCAGGAUGAUCGGUCUCACGUCCAACAUCCGGCGUGGCGUUCUGAGGAGGGCGAGACGCUCAUACACAUGGCUACUCAACGCCGCAACACGGACAUCCUUCGAAUUCCUCUCGACCGGCAACGCUUCACCGUGAAUUGGGAAGACAGAUUUGGAGAGACCCCCCCUGAUCGUUGCCAUACUCAGAAACCGUGUUGA